GUAAUCUGUACUCUGUUACUCGUAAUCGUGUUAAUGAUUUGUAACCGGCAAACACCUGUUCUCAUGAGUUAAUUAAAUAAAUUAUCGUUUUGUUAGCUGUUACUAUUUAGUUAAUACUUAGUGCUCAAUAAUAACAGAAUAAUAAUUAUAAACUUUUGCCCGUACAUUUUUUAUAGCCAUCGACGGCCGUAAUUAACAAAAAUUGUUUCCGUACAGUUCCUGAACAUCGCGUUUUCGACGCUCAAGACCGUGAACAUUUCGUAAUCAUAACUCGGUGCUCUGCUACCUAUUGUUUUUUUUUCUUGGUGUUUUUACUCGUUGAUGGCUUGUCAGGCGUUGUACCGCACACACUGAUGAGGAGGGUUGAUAAUAAAAACAUUAUACAACUAUCACACAAAAACAAUCAAUACCUAAAUAGUAUGUUGAUGUGAUGGAAACUGAAACAAUAGUUAUGAAUAGUAGAAGACGAAUGGUGCUCAAACCACUUUCUCCAGGAGCAACUUUACAAUGUAAAGAACAGAAAUUAUCAUCCAAUGAUACAAAUGAACAUGUUCCAAGUCAACCACCUGCUACACUCAUUUCUCCAAAAAAUGACAAAAAAAAAAUUUUGUUUAAAGACACUAUUCUUCCUGAUAUAGUACCUACAGUACAACGCAAUAAAGUCUUAUUAACAUGCACAAUCAACAAAGAUUUAUCAGAUUCUGAUGAUUCGGAUUUUGAAGAUUCUACAGUAAACAAUGUGUCUGUCAAGAAAUCACCAACAAGCAAUACAAAACUGUACUGGUAUAUCAUUAUAUUUUUAUGUUGGGCUGCUGUUCAGUACUGGAUGAUUGCUGUAGUAGGUUUUGGAGCAGUAUUUUUUGCUGUCUCUGCUCUUGUUGCUAUUUAUUAUAAUACUUCAAACUCAAAAAAAAAACCUAAUGCUUUAAGUGCAUACUCUGUGUUUAAUCCUCAAUGUACACCUAUUCAAGGAUCUGUAGAUCCCAAACAAUUGGAACGUGAGCUGCUAUUUGGUUAAUUAUGAUGUUAAAUCAAUAAAAUAUAUUAUUAUACUUCUUUCAAUAUGGUGUCUAAAUUGUUAUUAUAAUUUAAAACACAAAUUAUAUUCAAAUUAUUUUUUAAAUACAUUUAUUUUUAACAUAGUUAAACAAAUGUUUUUACAGUAAAAUAAAUAAAACAUAUUCUUUUAAA